AGCGGUUGAGCCAUUUCGCUCUAUGUAGUCGAAUCACUCGAAAGAGCCCUAGUUUUCUCCGUCUCCCUCACUACUCUCCAUCUCUCACACUGUACAAAUCCAAGCUUAUCGUCUCCAUUCGAUCCCUCGUAGAAACAGGCAGUUAGUGAGUGAUAUUUAUAAAAUCUAAUAAUUAUGUAUAGAGAUCGAGGGCGAGGAGGAGGAUCAUUGAAGGGUGGGGAGAUGUUGGAUCGGAAGCGAAUCAACGAUGCGUUGGACAAGCACUUAGAGAAGUCUUCCCCUUCUACAUCUAGAAACAAGCCCUCCUCUUCCUCCAUACCCUCCACCUCCGCCAGUGCCGGGAAGCAUGUGGAGCACCGCGAUGCACGGGCGCCGUCAAAUCUUAAUACCAGCAAGAAUAUGUGCUCAGAUGAAGAAUCUGAAACGGACAGUGAAGAGUCUGAUGUUAGUGGUUCUGAUGGAGAUGAUACAUCAUGGAUUUCUUGGUUCUGCAAUUUGCGGGGAAAUGAGUUCUUUUGUGAAGUUGAUGAUGAAUAUAUUCAAGAUGAUUUUAACCUCUGCGGGUUGAGCAGUCAAGUCCCAUAUUAUGAUUAUGCACUUGAUUUAAUUCUGGACGUUGAAUCCUCUCAUGAUGAUAUGUUUACCGAGGAACAAAAUGAGUUGGUUGAAUCAGCAGCAGAGAUGCUCUAUGGUCUUAUUCAUGUCCGAUACAUUUUGACAAGCAAGGGAAUGGCUGCAAUGUUGGAGAAGUACAAAAACUAUGACUUUGGAAGAUGCCCAAGAGUUUACUGCUGUGGACAGCCUUGCCUUCCGGUUGGUCAAUCUGACAUCCCACGUUCAAGUACUGUGAAGAUAUACUGUCCCAAGUGUGAAGAUAUUUACUACCCUCGAUCCAAGUACCAAGGCAAUAUCGAUGGAGCUUAUUUCGGUACCACAUUCCCUCAUCUCUUCUUGAUGACAUAUGGACACCUCAAGCCCCAAAAGCCAUCACAAAGUUACACCCAAAGAGUUUUUGGCUUCAAGCUUCACAAGCCUUGACCGGAGGAGUUUCCGAUCAGUUGAAUUGGAGUCACAUUUUCUGCCCAGAAGUGGUUUUCAUCUGGCUUCGAUGAUGUACAAGUUCUUAAGGUGGGUUUACAAGCCAGGUACACAAAGAGAGAUGAAUACGAGGAAACUGAAUGAUUGAGGUGCACUGUUGCAAAUUAGCCGUUUAAGGUCUUUCCAUAAAUUAGACACAGUACAUGUAAUUUUUAUAUCCUUUUCAGGUUUGUAACUGUUUGAAAUACUUAAUUGUUGCCCGUUGUGUAUCCAUACGUUGGAGCUAUAUUUUCCUAUGGAGCAGCCAUGUAGUACUGUUUCCAAUGUAAUCCUACAUGAAGCUGUUAAUGUUUACAAAGCUGACAAAAAAUGGGAAAAUGAGCCUUCACACUGUGUAAUUGCGUUGGAAAAUUGUACUUACCAUCAGGCUAAA